AAGGUUUCGGCCAUAUGGCCCAUGUGUUCCUCGCGAGGAUAAAGCCCUUAAAUAUUUUCUGUGAGGUGGAGCAAUGGCGCCAUAUUGCGCUUUCUAGGGAGGAAAUCCGGCGAAUUCGCGAGCUCCGAGCAACGCAAUCCGGCAGAUUGUGUCAUUCCAUCCAUUCCAGGUGUGGCGCAAUGACGAGCACGGCAUUCUGUGCCAGAGGAUCCGAUGCCGGCCUAGGUUAUCAGCAGCGCAGGGCAAUCGACCAUAGGAGAAGUGCCAAAUGCUGGAGCAGGAGAAGAGUAGUCGCCGAAGGAGCCACGAUUUCUUUCACGGCUGAUAGCGGGAGUCCCACGAGCUUGAGCGUGAACACCUCCUCUCCAAUACCAGCUGGAGAUGCUACCAAUUCCAGAUUUCUCAAUGGCGUGGCUUCUUACGUCCAGCGACGCGAGCGACGCGAGAAGCUCAGCUUGAAUGAGAUUAUCGAGCCCGUGAGCAGUGAUCUUGAUGCGCUCAACCAAAACUUACAAUCUAUCGUUGGUGUGCAGAAUCCUCUUUUGAUGUCAGCCGCGGAGCAGAUCUUCGGUGCCGGUGGAAAGAGAAUGCGUCCAGCGAUCGUGUUCUUGGUGUCGAGAGCAACUAUGCAGCUUGCUCGUCUCAACACGAUCCAUCUACAGCACCGAAGACUAGCGGAAAUUACAGAAAUGAUACACACAGCUAGCCUCAUUCACGACGAUGUCCUGGACGAGAGCGACGUCCGACGAGGGAAAGAAACCGUCCAUCAACUAUACGGAACUAGAAUUGCAGUGUUAGCUGGCGAUUUUAUGUUCGCGCAGUCGUCUUGGUACUUGGCAAAUCUGGACAACCUCGAAGUUAUCAAGUUGAUUAGUCAGGUGAUCAAAGACUUCGCUAGCGGAGAGAUCCAACAAGCGUCGAGUCUGUUCGACUCCGACAUCACGCUAGACAACUACUUGGACAAGAGCUACUACAAAACGGCCUCUCUCAUCGCAGCCAGCACUCGCUCGGCCGCCAUCUUCAGCGGUGCCGACCCGAGCGUCUGUGACAAGAUGUUCGACUAUGGGAAGUACCUGGGCUUGGCGUUCCAGAUCGUGGACGACAUCCUCGACUUCACGCAGUCGACGGCACAGCUCGGGAAGCCCGCCGGAAGCGAUCUAGCGAAGGGGAACUUGACAGCCCCGGCACUGUUUGCCCUGGACAAGGAGCCGGAGCUGAGGAAGCUGAUCGACUCCGAGUUCACGGACGAGGGAUCGCUGGAGUCCGCAGUCCAGCUGGUGAAGAGAGGCGGAGGGAUCGACAGGGCGAUGGAGCUGGCCAAGCAAAAGGCCGAGCUCGCGAUCCAGGCUCUCGAGUGCCUGCCAGUGGGAGCGGCCAGGAGCUCGCUGGAAAAGAUGGUGGAGUAUGUUCUUGAGAGGGUGUUUUGAUCGUCCGGGGAUACUGUAAGAAUUAUUUCCAUUCAUUAUCGAUGAGCUCUCGAGGAAAUCAAAGAUUGUUUGUGCUCAAAA